AGGCCUGUCAAAAUCGUCAUUUUGCAUUAUUUUGAUUUGAUCUCGUAAGGGAAAAACAAAAACCGCUGGCCAAACACGAAAAGCAAAGAGCCAGACUGAUGUAAAAGCCUGUCCAGUGAUAAGAAAGCACUAACAUUAUGGAUAGCAAUAAUUUGUUCUGUUUGAAGUGGAGUAACUUCCAAAAAAACGUUUCGAAUGAAUUCAAGAAAAUUCAAAUGGACGAAGAUCUGGUCGACAUCACAUUUGUCUGCGGUGAGGGAGAGUCAUUUGGUGCACACAAAUUAGUGCUGUUUGCCUGCAGUCCCUUUUUGAAGCGAUUGUUGAAGGUCAAUCCCUGUUCACAUCCCAUUUUCUACAUGAACGGUGUGAAACAAGAAGUUUUGAAAGCAAUAUUAGAUUACAUGUACUUAGGAGAGGUGAAAAUCAAUCAAGAAGAUUUACCUGAUUUUUUACGAGUUGCCGAGGAAUUUAAAAUUCGAGGAGUUACACCAGACUCUAAUACUUCAAAGCAUCAGGCAUCCUCCACAGAUAAUUCGUCCGAAAGUAACACGUCACCUAGAACUAACAAACGACCACGGUCGGCAAUGUCUUCCAGCCAACAAGCAAAAUCAGGUGACCAACGUCCAGAGCCAAUAUUUUACGACAGCGCACCUCAAGCAUCGUCGGAUAUUGUGUUGAAAACCGAAAGUGAAAUGUCCGAAUUCCAUGACGACUCAGCAGCACUAUCCGCACACGAAUCGAACACAAUGCAAUAUUCCGAGUCAAUGCGAAAUAAUUCCAGCCUGCCAAUCGACGAUGGAUUCGACGGAAACAGUGAGAAUAACUCAACAGCAAUAGAGAAUUGUAACGAGUCAUGGAUCGACGACGACAAGCAACAUUCAUUUUCAAGCAAUUCAAAUAACGCCGAGACCGACAAAACGUUCAAAUCAAAAUCCAAUUCCGGUAAGGCACAGUGCUUGGUACCCAGUUCGUGUCCAUCUUGCCAUCGAGUCUAUUCAAACAUAUCAAACCUUCGCCAACACAUCCGGCUCAUACACAAUCCGAUGAGUGUAAACUGUCCGAUAUGCAACAAAACAUUCAAUUCCAAUUUGUACUUGAAGCGCCACUACUUAUCGAUGCACAAUUCAUCCCCAAACAAUAUAAACGUACCUGCCGGCACGGACUUAAAAAAUGAUAAUGUGACGCCAUCACCAGUAACUGCAAUUCCAACACCGUCUAUGAACUAUAAUAAUCAAGAUUUGUAUGCGAAACGGGUGAAUGUGUCUGGUUCGAUUCACGAGAGUUUGUCCGCAACAAACAAUGCAACGUCAAGUGUUACACAGCAGCAACAGCUCGAUUUGAAAAUGAACUCAACGUGGAAUCCAUAUUCUGAUCUAAAUCAUGCAAUGUGAAGAUUUCGGUAAAUUGAAAUUGAAUCGAUUUUCGGGAUUAAAAUGUAUAACAGCUGUGUUGGCGUAAGUUUUUCGUUUAUACACUCAGUACUUAUUUAUGUUUUCAAUAAAU